UUUCAUUUUUGCAAAAUAUCCAUGCAGGAAAUAAAUUUGUUAACUGCAAAUGUUUCUUCAUAUGUCUAUAUCUAUGGUUGAGUUGUGCAUGUGUUUGAGCAAUGCCUGGACUUGUAUAUCAUGAAAAUCCGGGUCUACAAUGUAGCCGAAUCAGAAAUAUUUACUUUCUCCCUGCCCUUGCUGCUGGGUGAGAUUGAUGGCCUUCUAGGCGAUGGCAUCCUCGAAGUUUGGAAUUCCAGCACUGGUUCGUCCGAAACAACACGCUGGCCAGUCAUAGAGGGGUGCUUCAAGCUGCUGGUCACUCUGCAGCUCGGACGAAAUGUCAUCAAGCUUAAAUACAAUGAUGAGAUACUGACUCUCCACCUAGUGUACGAAGAUCCUGGUAUUCCGUAUUUCGUUAGGCCUGUGUACAUAUCUCUGGCCGAUGACAAUGGCUGGUUCCAGGGUCCCGAAGAAGAGGACUGCUCACCAGAAAGUGCUCAACACAGAAUCAUUCUUGGUGCUCAGCUGAUACAGACGUUCACUGCUGAAAAGAUGAAAGAGCACGGCUUUGGUCGUGUCACUUUUCAGUUGGAGCGAGACGAGGUUCAGAAGCCAGUAUGUCACUGGUUUGUAAGUAAGCUGACCGUAACGCAGGCAUAUGCCAUGUCGGGCAAUGAACUGUGGAAUCAUUUUGCCAAGGAACUGAUGGGUUCCAGUCUUCCAAACAAGGACCGAUGCAAGUGGUACUGCUUCAUGUCUUUCACUCGAUACACUCCACCAGACGAAGCGGAAAUUCCAAAAACUCACAGCGAAAUCCUGCGUCAUACGAAAGGCCAUACAGCAUUAGGUGGAGGAGGACUUGCAUUGUUUGGAACUGGAAAUCUGCACACGUGGGCACGGAGUGUGGACGAAGUGUAUGACCGCUUCACAGACUGUCGUAAGAUCAAUCGCAGAAAGUUGAUGGAUGACAGUGCAUACAGAGAGUACUACUGGGCUAACUAUGCAACUGGUCUCGGAGCCUCACUACACGAGCUGAGUCACACGUUCGAUCUAGCUCACACACCAACUGGAAUCAUGGCACGUGGCUUUGACGACAUGCACAAGGUAUUUACGGUCCAGCGAAUUCACGGUGGUCACAUGCACGACAGUGAUGAGAACUGGAACUGCCGAAUCUCGCGGACUCCCUCAGGCAGCAGUUUAGACGGGUCUCCGUCCACUGGUCUUGACGUCUACCAUCGGCGAUAUAAAGAUGUCUGUUAUGGCAGCCCUUUCAAAAGAUUGAGUCGAUCGAGCAGCAGCAGCAGCAUUGCGUACAUCCCUCCCCCGCCGCUGGUCGUCAAGGUGGAGACCGGCUUCAAGCCCGUCAAGUCUUCCUCCAUGCUGACCGUCUCCGUGAAGAACUACGAUGGGACUGAGACAAGACAGACCAUAUCACAGGGGCCGUCGGGGCAGACCAUGAUCGAACUCAUCCUGGACAACGAUGGGAAGGUCAUGAAAAAAGCUCAACCAGAACGUCUCACUAAUUCCUGCUCAAGUAUCAGCUCCAUAUCGAGUCUGUCUCCCUUCUCUUCCACGCCAUCGACACUGCCGAACUCACCUGACGAACCCGACCUGAGUUUUCCCAACAUUCACUUCACUGAUGACGGAGCUCACUGGUACAGAUCAUCCGCUGUGAUGCUCAGAUUCCACAAGUGGUUUAACAAACCCAGUACUGCAAUAUCAACCAAAAAACCCACUAUUUCAAAUAAAUACUGCAUCAAGUCUCUAAACUGCCUGCGUCUGGUGGAGCUGCGUAGUGACCCAGGUGGAAUGGUGUUCCAGCACUGGGAGUUCCUAGACAACCAGCCACCCAGCCAGUUCAUGAUCAAGAGAUCGAAGAUGAGGGGGCUUCCAGAGGGUGCCGACAUGAUCACCGUCGCAGCUCAAGACUGCAAUGGCAAUAUCUUGAAGAAGCGAAUUCGAGUCGAAGAUUUGGAUCAAUCAUAA